CGAGGUGUAUCGCACGAGCUACUCUUCUGUAGAUAUUUUCUUCCGAUAGUAAUGCUACCGGUAUUGUAAAGAGCACCUCAGACAAGCGCGCGUUUUCGGACCUCAUUAAUGUCUGAGAUGUGAACCAAUCCGUCACCAAAAGUUGGUACAGAGACUCAAGAGGUCAAUUGCUUUGUUCGCACCUUCUUUAUUGAAAGCUUGGCUUGCACCUUCCUUGUGAAGGAGCAGCAAGCCAAUCACAACCGCAAUGAUGAGAAUUCGCUCUGCGGAUUUCAUCACUCCCAGCACAGAAGAACCUAGCUCUGAGUCCAGUUCUGAUUCUGGCUCUGAGUCCAGCUCUGAACUUGCUCCAAGUCCACGCGUUCGACUAGCAUCCAGUACUUCAGUGACUACCAGUAACAAACAAGCGUCGGCAACAUCUUCUUCGUCAUCCUCCUCAUCGUCCGGUGAGAUGUCGCCAUCUAGGAAUCCGCCAUCAUCUCCACCAGCCCUCCAAACCAUCGACGGCGAGACAAUCAGAGAGACGAUUGAGCUUUCACCAAAUCUCUCACCAGCCCACAAGAAUUGGCUGCCCCAUAAUUACAGCGAGCCAUCGCCUUCUCGCAAAAGCCGAUCAUCGAAUGAUAUGAUUGAAUCUUCGGACGAUUACUCAGAUUCCUCCGAGGAUGAAUCCCCACGCCCAACGUCAAGGGACAUAUUGGAUCUCGAGUACUACAUGAUUAUCCUAGAACUAAUCCUAGAAGACAUGGACGAGGACUACGAGGAUCUGACCGCCAACUGGAUCGCAAAGGCUAGAACAUAUCAGCCCCCGAGAAACGUUUUCGACACGUCUGGCACCAUCAUGCACAACACAAAUCCUUUUACGCAGGUCAAGCCUUCGAAGAACCCCCGGACCGUUGUGCUUCGUGGUAGGACAUUCCCGCCCUCUUCAAGAUCGAUAAUUGUCAAGGCCAGUGUCUCAUCAUGCAAAGGAGACUCUGGUGAAGUGCCAAAUUACACCCACUACACAAGAAUUGCGCAAAACGUUCUCGGCACCAACACCAAACAACUUCAAGUCUGGCCCUACUUUGGCGAAGAGACUGACGAUGAUGGAACAAUUCGCGAAAGGUUUGAUGUAAUCGUGGAAGACCGCCCCCGAAAAGUUCUCAUCUCGCAACAGGCAGCCACUUAUGGUCCAUACUUUGAAGAGUUCAUCGGGGAGCUCGAGUGCCCAAUGGAUGAUGUUCUAAAGUACCUCCUCGAAGCAUCGGAAGGACCCGAUGGCCUUCUAUCGAGGCUUUCAAGUUAUGCAGAAGACCGCGACCUGGUACGCACUAUGUUGAGUGCUAAAGCAGAGUUUUGCGAGGAUGAUUUCAACCGUGAGAGCGAUAGAUGGGUCUCAGUCGCAUCUAGCAUCCCGGAACUGGGAGACGACAAACUCUGGGUCGCUGCCCUCGCAUGCCACGCUUUCUGGACACAAACAGCUUUUAGUCCCUGGCAGAUCGCACGGAAAUACGCCAAAUUUCCGACCAGUAACAUGAUCGAAGGCCUAGCUACCGUCGAAACCGCAAAGACUUACGCCAGUAUCGCCUGCAGAAUUUGUCAAUUGCACGACUGCCCUCAUCAUGGCACCAUCUACGAAAAGCACCCCGACCAAUCAGAUAGCGAUGAAGACGAUGUCGAUUCUGUCGACGCUCAAGACAUCGAUUAUCCGCCGAGAGUCAACUUCAAGGAAGGAGUCACAGGGCCAGUCGAUUCCAAUGGAAAUCCUCUGGCGCACGAUAAGACAUCAGGUCGCGCUCAGUCUCGAAAACCAAAACCUUUUAACUGGUGGAUGAACGAAGCGAACAGCAUUACCUGGGAUCACACAAAACGAGGACCAUUCUUCCCUUGCUGCCACCCCGGGACUACCUGCGAGGAUGCACGUUGCACUUGCUUUGAAGCUAACAUCUGUUGCGAAAAGACGUGCGCAUGUUCGAAGAAGUGUGCCCGUCGGUUCCCAGGUUGCAAGUGCGCUAGACGAGCGAAAUGCUGUUCGCCAGAGGACUGCGACUGUUUCUUGAUGAACAGAGAGUGUGAUGUAGACCUCUGCGACCCUUGCGAAGCCCACAUCAUCUUGAAUCCGAACAACAGAGAUGACGAAAGCCUGCUGAAACGUAGAUGUCAGAAUGUCGCAAUCCAGAGGGGCAUCCCUAAAAGAACACUACUUGGUCGGUCCCUUGUUCAUGGAUUUGGCCUGUACGCCGGAGAGACAAUCGCUAAAGGCGAGUUCAUCGGCGAGUACACAGGAGAGGUUAUUACUCGAGAUGAAACAGAGAGAAGAGGCGCUGUCUACGACUUCCAAAAGCUCAGCUAUAUUUUUGAUUUGAACAAAGACCAGACAAUCGAUUCGCAACGAAUGGGAAACAAAAUCCGCUUUAUCAAUCAUGCUGCUACACCUGAGCUGCAGAAUGUCAGACCAAGGGUUAUGCUCUGUAACACGGCGCACCGCAUUGGCAUGUAUGCUAGUAGGGGGAUUCAUGUUGGCGAAGAGCUGUUCUUCAACUACGGGGAAAGCUACCACGAGAAGCUUUACGGUGAUGAAGAGAAAGCGAAAAGAGCAAAGGGAAAGAACAACACCAAAAGCAGUCAAGAUGGAACCGCCGCAACGACCAAGAUUAGGCCAUCGAGAAAGAGCUACCAAUCACAGCCGGAAGUCAGAGUCGAAAUCCCUCGAAACCAGACAGUGGACCAAACAUACAACGCCGAUACCAAUGACGAGAGCGAAGACAGUGAAAACGAUCGUCCUAUUAAGCGUAUAAGAACAUCAAGACAAAGGCUGUCUUCGUCCGAGAGACCGACCGGAUCUCCGUCUCGAAAAUCGAGACCUCAUGCGCUCAAGAGACCAACGGACAUCAGAUCUUCUGCCAGAAAAAUGGCAGAUCGAAGACCCAUCCCAAUGAACAGCUCUACUAAGCCACCGACGACCAAGUUUGCGAGAAAGUCCGCCCCUUCUUCGAGAAUAGGAAGCAGCACAUACGUCGUGGAAAAGAGGAGAGAAGAGCAACAUCUAAUCGAGGAGGACGAUGAAGAUGAAGACAUGGAGAUGCCACGACGUAGCAGUCGUCCGAGGAAGGAAUCUAGAAGACUACGAGGAGAAGACUGAAUUGAGAGCACUCAUCAAUAACCAAGUCAAAUGAACACCCCUUGUGAUGUCU